GGCAUGGCUGGGGGGAGCACACUGAGAGUAGGGCCGUGCUCUCACCACAGUUCAACACUCGGAUCGCUAGCUCGGCCGUGCUAAUGGUGUGAGUUGGGGGGUUGUAGUACAACAGUUGUAACACGCUGGGUCAAGGUCAGGGAAUACGAUGACUUGAGAACCUCGUCGUGUUGUGUGUCCGAAGAAUCGCGUGUUUUCUUAGCAUGUGUAGAGAAUCAUUUCCAUCAUCGGAAGUAUUGACUGUUUUCACGCCGGUGUCAGAUCAAUACAUUGUGCCAGUGAGAAUGCACGCGUAUAAAAUGAACACCUGGACUUCAUCAGACUUCUCUGGUAUCAGAUUAAUGUAGGCCAGAUAACAAGAAACAAGUCUUAAGACAGAAUAUUUCCCUAACAUCUAGAAGAUGUCCAGCACAGUGGUUGUCUGUUCCUGUCUUUGUGCACUGACAUUAGCUUUGGUCCUGGCACAUUCAACUGACCGCACGUGCCCUUCCCCUUGCAAGUGUUCUCAAACCAGACUUGAAGAUAUCGGGGAUAUAUACAAAGUUGUCUGCUCGGAGAAAAAGUUGCAGGCCAUCCCUAGUCUUGAUAUCCUGAAGCCCGUGCCAUUGCCCAUACAUCUUCACUUCAAUGAGAACGACAUUAGAUCCAUACGUUCUCUGGCCUUCCCCCCUAAAGUAAAUAUAGAUAGCCUCGAUCUGAGCAGAAACAAACAAGUCAUCAUCGAACCCAUGGCCUUCACCAACCUAGCCCCAUCACUGACCAAACUGACUCUGGAGGCCAUCAACUUGAACUUUGACUCGCCGCUAACGAUGCUUAGCGGCCUUGAUCACCUGAGAGAGCUGUCCAUCAGUCACAACAACAGGAAAGGUUAUGUGGCCGGGGCCGUGGAGAAGGUCAUGGUCACUUUACUGAGCGGAUCAGUAACCAGAUCACUGAGGAUUCUCAGAAUGGCUCACUGUGGUGUCAGGGAGCUGAACAAAGACGCCUUCAAAUACCUGACUUACCUUGAAGAAUUGGACCUUUCUAACAACUGGUUCCAUUAUGUCCCCGAAGCCAUCAGAAGUCUCAGACAUUUAAAGAAGCUCAUUCUAGUAAGCACCAAAAUAGUCAAAAUUACAGAUGACGCCUUUUUAACUUUAUCCCAUCUAGAAUGGUUAGAGAUGAGUAGAUCUGAUAUAGAAACCAUUGAGAAAUAUGCUUUUAGGGGUCUGGAAAAAUCUCUCAAAAGACUUUAUCUCGAGCGUUGCAAAUUAAAAAAGAUUCCGACCGAAGAAAUAAAACAUUUGAAAAAAUUGGAAUAUUUGGAUCUUACUAUGAAUUACUUUGAAACGGCUCCUGCUCAUUCCUUUGUUGGUGAGUAUUGUUUGAAAACUUUGCUUAUCAGUGGCAGCAAUCUUAAAUUUGACAGGGACACAUUCUCAGGACAGAAAGACUGCAUCAUUGAUCUGGCCAUCAAGCAAAUGAAUCUUAGUGUUAUUCCUAGAGAGGCCUUAAGCAAGCUGAACAAGCUACAGCACCUGUCACUGGAAAGAACUGAGAUCAAAACUUUGCCGCGCUCGGCCAUGGUAGGCAUCAAAGCAAAGACGAUCAGUCUGGCAGAGAACAAUUUGAACUACAUAGCGCCAGGAGCUUUCCUUGGUCUUCCGUCUCGGGUUGAGCUCAACUUGAGAAGAACCAAAGUAUCGGACAUUGAUUUUCUUUUGGGAUACGAGGACGAGGCCAUAGCGACGGUCAAUCUGGACAAGACGGAGCUUCAGUGCCGGUGUUCCAUGGAGUCGUCCCUGAACGCUACGCUCAACAUUGCCAUUUUCGGGGCCUGUCUGAAGAAUAACAAGACGUUGAUUCCCUUCGAUAGCUACAUGCUGAAAUCUGUUCUCAGCGAUGCAUGCGAGGAAGAGAGGUCUCGUAAUGCUAUAGGCAGUCUUUAUAAACUUAGAAGUAAGAAGCUGUUUACGCUGUUGUUAGUACUCGUCCGAUACUUGAGUAGCUAAAUCACGUGACUUGCCAGUGAUUUCACUAGCUAAAUCACGUGACUUGCCAUUGACUUCCCUAGCUAGAUCACGUGACUUGCCAUUGACUUCCCUAGCUAAAUCACGUGACUUGCCAUUGACUUCCCUAGCUAGAUCAUGUGACUUGCCAUGGACUUCCCUAGCUAGAUCAUGUGACUUGCCAUGGACUUCCCUAGCAAGAUCACGUGACUUGCCAUUGACUUCCCUAGCUAGAUCACGUGACUAGUCAUUGAUUUCACUAGCUAGAUCACGUGACUUGUCAUUGAUUUCACUAGCUAGAUCACGUGAAUUGCCAUGGACUUCCCUAGCUAGAUCACGUGACUUGCCAUUGAUUUCACUAGCUAGAUCACGUGACUUGCCAUUGAUUUCACUAGCUAGAUCACGUGACUUGCAAUUGAUUUCACUAGCUAGAUCACGUGACUUGCCAUUGAUUUAACUAGCUAGAUCACGUGACUUGUUAUUGAUUUCACUAGCUAGAUAAUGUGACUAGUCAUGGACUUCAUUGGCUAGAUCAUGUGACUUGUCAUUGACUUCACUAGCUAGAUCACGUGACUUGCCAUUGAUUUCACUAGCUAAAUCACGUGACUUGCCAUUGAUUUAACUAGCUAGAUCACGUGACUUGUUAUUGAUUUCACUAGCUAGAUAAUGUGACUAGUCAUGGACUUCAUUGGCUAGAUCAUGUGACUUGUCAUUGACUUCACUAGCUAGAUCACAUGACUUGCCAUUGAUUUCACUAGCUAGAUCACGUGACUUGCCAUUGACUUCCCUAGCUAGAUCACGUGACUUGCCAUUGACUUUCCUAGCUAAAUCACGUGACUUGCCAUUGACUUCCCUAGCUAGAUCAUGUGACUUGCCAUGGACUUCCCUAGCUAGAUCAUGUGACUUGCCAUGGACUUCCCUAGCAAGAUCACGUGACUUGCCAUUGACUUCCCUAGCUAGAUCACGUGACUAGUCAUUGAUUUCACUAGCUAGAUCACGUGACUUGUCAUUGAUUUCACUAGCUAGAUCACGUGAAUUGCCAUGGACUUCCCUAGCUAGAUCACGUGACUUGCCAUUGAUUUCACUAGCUAGAUCACGUGACUUGCCAUUGAUUUCACUAGCUAGAUCACGUGACUUGCAAUUGAUUUCACUAGCUAGAUCACGUGACUUGCCAUUGAUUUAACUAGCUAGAUCACGUGACUUGUUAUUGAUUUCACUAGCUAGAUAAUGUGACUAGUCAUGGACUUCAUUGGCUAGAUCAUGUGACUUGUCAUUGACUUCACUAGCUAGAUCACGUGACUUGCCAUUGAUUUCACUAGCUAAAUCACGUGACUUGCCAUUGAUUUAACUAGCUAGAUCACGUGACUUGUUAUUGAUUUCACUAGCUAGAUAAUGUGACUAGUCAUGGACUUCAUUGGCUAGAUCAUGUGACUUGUCAUUGACUUCACUAGCUAGAUCACGUGACUUGCCAUUGAUUUCACUAGCUAGAUCACGUGACUUGCCAUUGAUUUCACUAGCUAGAUCACGUGACUUGCCAUUGACUUCACUAGCUAGAUCACGUGACUUGCCAUUGAUUUCACUAGCUAGAUCAUGUGACUAGUCAUGGACUUCAUUGGCUAGAUCAUGUGACUUGUCAUUGACUUCACUAGCUAUUUACAGAGCAAAAGAGCUUUAUGACUUCUUAGACACUUUUGAAAGAAAAAAAUGUUUUCAAAUGAAUCAAGAAACAUGCCGCCUCUGGCGAUUCUUUAUGUCCAGCUUGUGACCGCGCAUAUGUAUCAAGGACUGGACAUCGUCUGUUUUAAUAUAAACUUCCAUAGAACAAAUGAAAUAUGCUAGAAACCUAAUGAAUUUUUUUAGUUUCUCUUUUCGUACGUGGGUUUAUGUAUAACAGUCAGCAAUCAGUUUUGUAACGUUUGGAGAUUGAUAAUAAUUGAAUUUAGUAUUAUCUAGUUUUUCACUAUAAGAAACGCGUCCUAAAAUAUAAUGCUCCAAGAGAAGGUGCUGCGAUGUUUUCGGGGGAUGUUUUGAAAAAUCUGAAAAAAUAAAAAAGGGAUAUAAGGUGGCUACUUUUAGAUUGUGAGUUUCAAAAAUAAUGUGAAAUUAACUUUAAAGCGUUGUUAUGUUUUAUUGGUUACAUAUUAAAAUAGUUUUUAAAUGCUCUCCCCUGGACCUUCAGGAAAUUCUUUAGUAAACAGAAAGAAACAAUGAAAUAUAUUAGUCUAACAAACACCCCCAUCAAGAUGUGACUAUUUAUUCACCCAUAAAAAAUAUCAGUUACCUCUCCUCUUAUAGGAGAUAACUCGAUGGGAUUCUAUUAAUUAGUAAUCAAUGGCGAUGAAGGUCAGAAUCAAUAAAAAAUUAAUAUGUUAUUUCAUAGAAUAACUUUUGGAAUUAUUCAAAUAGUAGACAGUUGCAUACAAUUCUAAUGAGGAAACGGUAGAAAAAAUAUGUGUAAAUGUAAUUUUAAAAAAAUGCAUUUAAAACAUCUAUGGACAUGGUGUGCUCACCUAUAUAACCUUGGCCUUCAUUAGGACCAAAAUCAGAAGUAAAAACUAGAAGUAGAAACUAUACACUAUGAUCAUCAAUAUAAAACAUAUAGAAUUGUGAGAACAAUGUUUUAUUGACGCAGAUGACAAUUCAUAAUUUCUACAUUAUGAGUAGGAGGUAGAAGUAGGCCUACUAAAAUCACAAUGUAGCUUUAGAUAGCAGAAUUUUAAUUUGUAUAAACUUUUUGUUUAUUGGAAUGUGUGAAUAUCAACAAUUUUUUGUAAUGAAUAAGUUUAACUUUGAUCAUACUUCUCGUGUUUAUCCUCACAUGUCAAGAAUUGCAUCUGACAUUCUGGUCCAAAGGAUAGUUUUAUCUGAAAUGCAGAUUUAGUGUCUGAAUGAUCGGUGUUUCAAUGUGAUCCUGAAGUUGUUUUAAAAAUGAUACAUUAAUGUAAGAUAUAGUCGUUGUAUCCAACUGAUAGUUUCAUCUGAGAUAUAAGUUUUUGUGUCACACUGACAUAACUGGGUACUCAUAAAAAUAAUGUGAUUUUAAUGUUAUUGAUGCAAGGAAUUUUACUUCCACAACUUUCUGUGAUCUUGUCCAACAGAAACUAUCAAACAAAAACAAUGAAAACAUUAUUAAUGUCUUUAAGUAUCAUUAACAGUAGAACACCGGUAGCGCUAAAGAAUGUUCCUUUUUAAUUAUUUGUGUUUGUAAUUUAGUUCAGUGUUUAGUUCAGUGUUUAGUUUGACUUACACUCACAUUAAACCUACAACGUGUAUACAAUUAAAAUGUGCUUUCAUAUGA